GAGUUGACAUAAGUCAACUGUCACUCCGCAAGAUGUUCUCUUUGAAAUCGGUCCGGCUUUUCCGAAAUGCGGUUGCCAGUAAAUCUAAUUUAAAUUUUACUCGAAUACAAGAGCUUCGACGAAUCGUCAAAUCAUUUGAACCGAUUUCAAAUGUAGAAAACCCUGAAGAUGUCGCAACCAAAUUACCCGAAAUCUCAAACGUUACAGAAGUGAAGAACCCAGUAAGGAAUCCUUUUAGGUCGCUGAACGAUUCCUAUCAUUCGGCACGGGAAUCCAUAGCUGCUGAAGUCCUAAAAGAUGUAGAAAUUACGAACAGCACAGAUAUCACGAAACCUGUUAAGUCCCGCCGGGAGUCGCUUCCUUCCCCAUUUGAUCCUGUCGAUUCAGACAAUCCUCCGGACUUGGUGGUUAAUUUUCCUCCAACGUUCAACCUAGCUGCCUAUGUCAAUGAAUCAGAAACUCUUCAGCAAUUAAUAAAACUUGGUGUCGAUCUCAGCCGAAUAGAGAAGCGAAAAGGUCUUCCUCAAUUCAUCCUCAAAUUAGACUUCGAAAAGGACAUGAAGCAGCAUCUCACGUUCCUAACAGAUGUUGGUGUUCCACCGGACAAGCUGGGUGAAUUCAUCACAAAAAAUCCACUUAUAUUCAAGGAAGAUCUGGGAGAUUUAGAAGUUCGUGUGAAUUAUUUGGAGGUGAAGAAAUUCAAAAGGGAGCAAAUAGCUCGGAUUGUUGAGAAAAAUCCUUUUUGGUUGAUGUUCUCGACGAAACGCAUUGACAACCGUCUGGGAUACUUUCAGAAGAAUUUUCAGUUGACUGGGGAUGAUAUUCGGUUUUUAGCGACCAAACAACCUCGACUGAUUACGUACAGUAUGGAGCAUAUAAGAAAGAGUUCAUUUUGUAUACGGGAAGAAAUGGGGUUUGAUAAGGAUGAAGUGAAAUGCUUGCUGCUGAGUAAGCCAAAAUUGUGGAUGACCUCUGAUGAACUAGUUGAACGUUUCGAUUAUGUUCAUCGGACAAUGAACAUUUCCCAUCAUCAAAUCAUUCAAUUUCCCGAAAUUUUGAUAUCAAGGCUAUUCCGAUUGAAGGAACGACAUGGGUUUUUGAAUUAUCUAGGAAAAGCCCAAUAUGAUCCCAGUAAAGAGCUGUAUGUUUCGUUAAAGCGAUUGGUGGAAGGUUCGGAUAAGGAAUUUGUAAUUGAAGUUGCCAAGUCAAGUAUGGAGGAGUAUAACACCUUCUUGAGGAGUUUGUAGGAUGUUCUUAGAAGCGAUAGUGCUGUGCUCUGGUCCAAGGUAGGUGGAGUUAUUACUUCGUCUUUUGUGGAUGCAGGAAUUGAAUGUAUCAUAUUUUUGUAAAAUAAAUUAAAAAUGGAAAUGA